AGAGAGAAUGGGAGGCCCUAGGUAAGAGUGCAUAGCGGACCGUUUUAGCAACCUUAUGAUUUUUUGAGUUUUGAGUUCUGAGUCUUCUGACCCCGACCCUAUUGUUCUUCCUGUUCUUCCGUCUCCAACUGUUCCUCAUCUCUCCGUCUCCGUCUCCCAUCGCCGCUGCAAACACGAACACUUCCUAUCCAUUCGGCGAAGAGAGCACUCUCCUGCGACUCAGAUGAGAAUUAGGGUUUAAGGUUUCACUCAGAGGAUGUUCAUCUAAUGACGGGGAAUGAAAUCUCUGAGAAGAACACUAGAACAUGCUUUCUCUGCGUCCUGUUCGCAGAUUCUGUGUUGAAAUCACUGCAGCUGCUGCUACUACUAUUUCAACUCAAAUCUCAAAGCCCAAGACCCUGGACGAGCCCGCAUUGGUUAAGCUCAAGGCCGAGAGAGAUCCAGAUAAGCUCUUCCACCUAUUCAAGGCCAAUGCCCACAACCGGCUUGUCAUUGAGAAUCGCUUUGCCUUUGAGGACACUGUCUCUCGCCUAGCUGGGGCGAAUCGAUUUGAUUACAUUGAAAAUCUCCUUGAGCACCAGAAAACUCUGGCUCAGGGUCGACGGGAAGGCUUCAUUGUCCGUAUUAUAAUGCUUUAUGGGAAAGUUGGUAUGAUGGAGCAUGCCCUCCAGACGUUCUACACGAUGCACCUCUUCGGCUGCACACGGACUGUCAUGUCCUUCAAUGCUGCUCUCAAGGUUUUGGCUCAGACCCUUGAUUUAGGGGCCAUUCAAGUCUUCCUUGAUGAGGUUCCACGACGAUUUUGUAUUUCGCCUGAUGUGUUCUCUCUCAAUAUCAUCAUGAAGGCUUUCUGUGAAAUUGGUAUUCUAGAUUCAGCUUAUCUGAUUAUGGUAGAGAUGGAAAAGGUGGGAAUAAGACCUGAUGUAGUUACAUAUACCACACUUAUAUCUGCCUUCUAUAAGCAUGGUAGAUCUGAGAUUGCCAAUGGGUUAUGGAAUCUAAUGGUACAUAAGGGAUGCCUUCCGAAUCUGGCUACCUUCAAUGCUAGGAUUCAGUACUUGGUUAACCAAAGACGAGCAUGGAAAGCUAACGCAUUGAUGGCUAAGAUGCAGUUACUUCGGAUAAAUCCUGAUGAUUUGACAAUUAAUUUGGUGAUCAAAGGAUUUUAUCUUGCUGGAUUUCCUAAAAUGGCGAGAAGGGUUUAUUUGGCGUUAUGUGGUGAGGGUUACAAACCCAAUCGGAUGAUUUACCAGACAUUGAUUCAUUAUGACUGCAAGACAGAGGAUUUUAAUUUGGCAUUCAGACUGUGCAAGGAUAGCAUGGAGAGGAACUGGUUCCCUAGUGUGGAUACCAUUUCUAAGCUACUUGAAGGCCUUCAGAAGAAAGCAGAGUACAGGAAGGCCAGAAUAAUCAUGAUGUUGGUUCAGAGAAGAAAACCUCCUUAUUCUCCAGAUGAACUGGGGAUUUUUCAAUCAAUAAUAUCUGAGGAUUGAUAAGAUGAGUGAUCACAGAUGGGAUUAAUUUGUGCAUGUUGACAUUGAGCUGGGAAGAGGUGAGGCUCCUUGUUCUUAUUUAUUUAUUUUUGGAUGAACAAGGAAUUCAUUACCAAAAGAAAGAAAAAACAAAAAGGACAAACAAGCUCAGCCUUACAAGGGGGUGAAGGGGCUUGAGCAUGAAAGAGAGAAGGGGGGAGGCCCGGAUUUACAAUAAUCCCAUUUCUGGGAGAAUCAGUACAACGACCUGGGGAACCUGAUAUUUUUGGCUUUGACUUCAAAAAGAAUAGAGUUCCAAUUCUGAGAGACUUAGAUUUAGAAGCCUAUCUUCUGAGGUUGCACUCUAGCCAGAUGUGGGAGAUAGCUGCACCAAAAGUCUAAUUUACCCACCUUGUCACAACUAGAGUUCUCAGAAAAAGACAUGUCAACCCAAAUUCACUUUCAGUCGAACGGAAUGAUACUCCUUCUAUGCCAGCACUUGGCUAGAAGACCAAGCCAAACUGCCAAAGAGAAGGGGCAGGCGAAGAACAGGUGAUCCACAUCUUUGGGAGCAUUCUAGUAAAGCCAACACUAGGGCGAGACUGGAUAGGCAGCGGGUGAAGGCCCUCCAAACUGUGAAGCUGUGUCGGGGGAUGGAGUUCUUGAACCAAACUAGGUGGAGCCAAAGUUUGAUAGAACCUCUGAACCGGAUAUGAAGCAGACUUGGAACAAAGGAGCCUGACGCUGAAGCUGCCCAAGACACGAGAUUGAUGCAUACUGAUUUAUUAUUCAUACUGAUUUAUUCAUUUAUUGAUGCAUGUCCUAUAUUGUAAUUCUUAGCGGAUGAGUAAUGGAGCAGAAGGCAAUUCCAAGCUUGUCCAUCGAGUCUGUUGUAAUAUGACAUAUCAAGGAAGUUUUGGGGACUACUCACUGAAUUCUUGUAAGUUACUUUUAUGGGGGGCAUUCUUCUCUUUUCUUUCAGUUGCUGAUUAUUACCCAUUCUUUCCCCAGACGGUAUCCCAAUGAAAUAAAAUUUUACUGCAAUAAAUACACUGAAUUCCAUACUUCUAUGUGAUUACUUGUGAGUGAUUUUACGUCUAGUUCAAUAUAUUCAGCUUGGUUGGAUCAAGGAGAGAAUGGUGAAGAGAAACACGGACUUCUUGUUGGAUAUCAUCCAAUUUAAAUAGAGAAAGCUGCUGGCGAGAGAGAGGAGGCACCUUUCCCAUCUAUGGAAAUCUCAGGCUCCAUCAAAAUACAAGAUUUGAUGUGGGAAGUUCACUAGGAAAAGGUGAAUAAAAGUGAUAUGCUGCAGAGAAGACAUCCUAAUAGGUCCCUAUAGCCUCAAAAAACGCCACUUAUGCUCAAAGGAUGAUGAAUCUGUUGGUAACUCUUUUUAUUCAGUGACUUUUUGAAGAAAAUAUGGCACCAUUUCUUGGGGUUAUUUGAUAUUUUCUGGACAUCUCCUCUGGAAAUAUCGGACCUGGCUGUUUGCUGAAGCUCCAUCUCCUUUGGACCUAGAGGAAAGAUCUUGUGGACAUACACUAUAUUGGAAAUAUUUUAGCAUUUGGGAGAAGAGAGACAGUAUGAUACUCAAGUAAGAGAGCAGAGUUUCAAUGAAGAUUUGUGAAAGAAACAGGUAGGGUUCCACAUUGGGCUUCCAACCAAGAUAUAUAUAGAGGCAUUCCACUAUGAGGGAUUGGGGUCAGGUGGUCAGAUCCAGUCCUAUAAUGACAGAAUCAAAGAUGAAAGGGAGAGGCGCCUCCCAGAGACAGCAGUUGAAUUGAAUUUUGAUUGUUGUUUGGGCAAUCCAGGACCUUCAGGUAAUGAAGGGGUGCUUAGAGAUCAUGAGGGUAACAAUCUCUUGGCCUUCUCAGGUCCCAUUGGUAUUGGGGAUUCCAACAUGGCAGAAGUCAAAGAAGUGAUUCAAGGGCUAUCCAUCUUCGCCAUUCAGCCUUGGACACACCUUAUCAUGGAAGGGGACCCAACUUUGGUGGAUUCUGAGAUUGUUUGGAGGCUAGUUCAUUUGACUUGGAGAGCAAAAGCACUAUGCAAUCAGGAGGAUAUCUCAUUUUCUUGGGGACCUAGAGAUGGUUUUCAAUGGAUUCUGACAUUCUUGGAAGCGAGUUCAUUUGACUUGGAGAGCAAAAGCACUAUGCAAUCAGGAGGAUAUCUCAUUUUCUUGGAGACCUAGCGAUGGCAAUUCCUUGUCAGAUGAUGGUUUAGCUGGUGAAGGGGUGGGGAGAGUAUUUAUAGCACCAUAUCCAAAUGUGCAGUAGAGAGUAGUUUUUUUUUUUUUUUUUUUUUGGGUUUUUGGAUUCUUAGGGUUGCUCUGUAUAAGAUGUAUUAAUUUUUGGUCUUUGCAUUCUUAGGUUGGUUCUGUAUAAGAUGUAGAGCUUUUAUAUUCAUGUACAGAUGUUCUGAUUUCUACUGGCUAAAUGUCCCAUAAAAUGAUAAAAGAAAAUAUCUAAUUGGAGCUUAUUUCUAUGACAUUGCAUUUAGUAGCU